AUGAAGGUCUUCAUCGCCCUAUUUGCCGUCGCUAUGGCGUCAGCGGCCCAAGCAUCCUACCUGCCGGCCGUCGAUAGCGCCUGGUCCCAUUCCGGGCUGGGAUGGAACUCCUGGAACGAUUGGGACGACUGGAAUGGCAACCAUAUCGCUGCCUACCCGUACGCUAAAUCAUGGUCUUCGGCAUGGCCAGCAGCAUCCUUGUACAACGGCUGGGACGGUCAGUAUGGACUCGGUUUGAACAAAGUCAACUCGUGGGGACUUCCGUGGGGAACCUAUGGAGCGGAUCAUGGAGCGUACGGUUGGGGACACCCCGGACUGGUGAAAACCGUUGUUCCAGUAGCGAAGCAGAUUGCUGCCACACCAGGAUCGUUGCACAUAGCGCCGGUGCCGCUUGGUCCGGAGAAGGUUGUUGCUCACUAG